CUGCACCGUUCUGCGUUGCUUGAGCCUUAUACUCAAGUGGGCUCUUCUCCCACAAUUCGCAAGCUCCCGAUCAAUUCAGGGUCCUCUCGCCUGUCCUCUGCGGCGCGCGAUCAUCCCUGCACAGCCUCGCGUAUCGAAACAACAACAUUACGUCAUAGAUGUGCUACGCAAACUUCACACAGCACUCCGGCUGUGGACAUAUUGGAGAAACGUCCACGAAGCCUCUGACGCUCUGUGACGAAGCCAUCCAACGUCUCUACUCCUUGCGCGGUCCCAACUCGCCGUCUAUCUCCUCUCCCACCCAGCAAACAAGCUUCUUCCCACCGCCCAAGCGCUCGGCGUCGAAACGAAGGUUCUUGUCACUUUCGCAGACGCUCUCGAGGACAUCUAGCAUCGCGUCACGGUCUUCGCGCUCGAGUGCGGCGACGAGUGUAGAUGGGCGACCGGCGCCGCGAUCCGCGGCUCCGAGUUUCUCACCCAUCACGACUGUAGCUGCAGAUAUCGACUAUGCCAAUCUACCCGUGCAUCAGCUUAAAGCUGUGAAAUGCAGGGAGCCGAUCAGGCGGAGCCAGGUCGCGAGCGACAUGGACGUCUGUCCCGAGUGUAAGAAAGCACUCAUGGAUAUGCGGAGCAUGCUUGAGCGAUACGAUAAGACAGGCUCCAUCCGCGGUACCACAGCCUUUGAGCAGUUCCUACGUUUCGGUGACGACAGGAAUUACACCGCCGAUGGCGAUGUGACAAUCCCUGUGCGCGAUAGCGUAGCCGGCGAGCAUGGCGCAAUGCAGGCUAUCGUGCUCGGCCAUGCUUCGGAGUCGCCCAACCCAAAUGAAAGAGGUGGCACUUGGGGUGACGGCGAUGCGGAGACAUUGAGCGAUCACCACGUCAAUCACGUGAGCCAGCCAAAAGGACCCCAACGCGCUAUGAUCGUAGGACGCGCCAUCGAUGGGCAUCCGAGUGAGGCGGGUUUUCUGGUAGAGGGUGGGACGAAUGGGCUGGGGUACUGGAAGGGGGAUGACGUGAGCAGCUUGGCUACUAGCCGAGUGUUUGCUGGCAUUUAACGCGCGACGAUCGCUUUCCCACGUAUGUGAGGUGGUCAAGCCUCGUGUUAGUGGUAUGUGUAGUUUGCGAGUUGCCUGAAGCGUUGUGAUAGCGUUCCAUAGAUUUCUUUUGUUACUCGAAGUUGUGUGGCAGGACGACAGGUGGACGAUGUGCGGAUUCCUGAACUCAAAUUGUUGAAAAUAGCG